AUGGAGCGCAUUGCUGCCCCCGAAAAAGUGGGUUACCUAACUGGUGGCACUCCAAAGCCUCCUGAGCUCUCGUCCACCUAUAACAAAUGGUGUACCGAGAACUUUCGGGUCAAAAGUCGUGAAGCUCAACAGAGAAUGACCAUGACUAGUGCUCACGAAGAUUCUAUCAGGGUAACUCAACGUCAAAAGGGCCCCCAUAAUUCUACUGGUGGCUCUUCUCAAAAUAAGGCCUCAAGAUCUCAUCCAAAGAAGAAGUGCACCCACUGUGGAAGAGACAAACAUACCCGUGUUGGCUGUUACGAACUGAUUAGGUACCCUGAUUGGUGGGACCAUUCCAAAGCUCACCGCAGGAAUAUGAGGAAAUCACUCAACACAUCUUCUGAAUCAGAUCUUGACAUUCUCAAUAGCAAGACGAUUGGUUGUGGUACUAGGAGGGGUGAACUUUUCUACAUGGACUUGGCGCCUGACAGUGAAGCCAAAGAUCAUGGUGUUUCUCCCAGCACUUCUUCCCGCAGUCUGAUAAAGUACACCCGCUUGCAUACAGCUGCUCAUCACAUCUCUUUUGUGCAUAAGCUUGAGGCACGUUUUGGUUGUUCAAGAGAAAAGUUUGAGAUAUUCCUUGAUGCUCUUGAUGAGUGUGCAAGUGAGUAUCUCACAAAAGAGUGGGUUGCUCCAGUUAAAACUGUUGAGAAUGUUGUUGUGCCCAAGCCUAGGGCAGAAUGGACUGAAGCUGAGGUGUAUUCUGCACAUUCAAACAAGAAGGCCAGAAAUGCCUUAGUAACAGCCCUGUCUAGUACUCAGUUUUCACAUAUACAACACAUCCCUAAUGCGAAGCAGGCUUGGGAUAAACUAAGGGUGGUUCAUGAAGGGGAUGACCAAGUUAGAACCUUAAAACUUCAGAUGGUGCUUGCACAAUUUGAAGAACUUAGGAUGUCUGAAACUGAGUCUAUUUCUGAGUUCUAUGGGAGAGUUGAGAUGAUCACAAAUGAAGCCAUGAGUCUUGGUCAACCUAUUGAAGAGCUUAUUGUUGUUCAGAAAAUUCUUCGUGUUCUACCUUCUAGGUUUAGAGCUAAGAAAACUGCAAUCAUGGAGGUUCAAAACCUAAAUGAAAUCAAGCUUGGGAAACUUGUAGGAAAAUUGAAAACCUAUGAGAUGGAGUUGAAUAUGGAAGAAAAUGAUACAAAAAAAUCAAAAAAUAUUGCACUUCAAGGAGUGCAUGUUGCCUCUCCGAAAGGUAGUGAAAAAUCCUCUGUUUUUGAGGAUGAGAUGGCCUUGUUUGUCAAAAAAUUUAGGAGAAUUCUUAAUGAUAAGGGUAAGUUUGCUAGAGAGGGCAGCUCUGGUAGUGAGAGACAUUUUAGACCAUCAACUGAUAGGUCUAAUGAGAGGAACAAGGUUGUCAAACCUUUCACUAAAGAUUUUAGAAAAUCUGUCAAAUGCUUCACUUGUGGAGGCACUGGACACUAUGCUGCCGACUGUGCAAACAAUCAGAAAAAUUACUCCAAGGGAAAGGACAAGGCCAUGAAAGUGACCUGGAGUGAGAGUGAAAGUGAAGUGUCUCAAGAGGAUUCAUCUUCCUCUGAUGAUGAUGACCAACAGGUUGCCUUUGUUGUCUCUGUGCAGCCUGUGUCUGAUGAAUCUGACUCUGAGUCAGAUGACCAGUCAUAUGAAUCAUUAGGCAGAAAAUAUGAUUGCUUGUUCAAAGAGACUUUGUCUUUGAAAGAAGAGAAAAAAGAAAUUGCUACUUUUGUGUCAAUUAGGAGUAAUCUUGAAAAUCAAGUUAAUGUGCUCAAGGCAAGUAACAUUGGUUUUCAAAACUCAAACAAACAGCUCCUAGGAGAAUUGAAUGAAGCAAAAAAUAAGAUUUUGUCUAUGACCAUUGGUGCCUCAAAAAUUGACAAAAUGUUGAAUAUGGGAAAACUUCAUGGGGACAAAGGUGGUCUUGGAUUUAAUCAUUUUGAUUCUAGUUCGUCUAGUUUUACCACUAAGUUUGUCAAGUCAAAAACUCCAGUCACUGUUCCUCUUGAUGUUCAGCAGGUUGUCAAGAAAUCUAAGUUUGUUCCAACUUGUCACAGGUGUGGGUUGACUGGUCAUAUCCAACCAGUCUGUCAUAGGUACAACAAAGAUAAGACCAGAAAUCUGUCUUCAAAAUCUAAAAGGAAUUCCAGAUCUUUGCAAGAUCAAGUUGAUCAUUUGCUAAAUGAAGUAACUAAGAUUGCCAAACUUGUCUCCCUUAAAAUGAGUUCACCCAUUGUUCCUAAGUCUACUUGGGUUGCAAAAGGUCAGACCAAAUGUCUUGUUGUGCUUAAUGCUUUUGCUGCUUCAAACACCAAUUCUUGGUACUUUGAUAGUGGCUGUUCCAAACAUAUGUCUGGUGAUAAGAGUGUCUUCUCAUCUCUCACUCCUUUUGAUGGAGGCACUGUGACUUUUGGUGGUGGUCACAAGUCUCAAGUAGUUGGAAAAGGUAUUGUGUGUAUCCCUGGUUUACCCGAGCUUAAGAAUGUUAGAUUUGUUGAGGGUCUCACCUCCAAUCUCAUUAGUGUGAGUCAAUUAUGUGAUGAUGGAAUUGUAGAAGUUAGAUUCUCCAAGCAUGGUUGCAAAAUCAUUGGAAAAGGUGAUAAUGAGAUUGUGAGCGUGACAAGGUCAAGGGACAAUUGUUAUUGCAUUGAUGGUGUCAAUGACACAAAAGAAGUUGUUUGCAACAAGGUUGUGAAUGAAACGAGUGUCUUGUGGCAUCAAAGACUUGGACAUGUGAAUUUUAGAGACUUGCAUAAACUGUCCAAGAGAGAGUUAGUGAGUGGUCUACCAAAGCUUGACAAAUCUGAUCAACAUGUUUGUGAAGGAUGUCAAUUAGGCAAGCAAGUUAGAGUGUCACAUAAAAAGGUCAAACACAUUCAAACAAAUGUAAGUCUUGAACUUGUUCACAUGGACCUUGUUGGUCCUAUCCAAACCUUGUCCCUUGGUGGAAAGAAAUAUAUUCUCGUCAUGGUUGAUGAUUUCUCUAGGUUCACUUGGGUCUCAUUCUUACUUGAGAAAUCUGAUACUUUUCAAAGGUUCAAAUCUAUUUGUCAUCUCUUGCAAAAAGAGAAGAUGACUAGUCAUCUGCCUCUUGUUAAAAUUAGAACAGACCAUGGUUCUGAGUUUGAGAAUUCACAAUUUCUGAAAUUUUGUGAAGAAAUGGGAAUUAAACAUGAGUUCUCUGCUCCUAUUACACCUCAGCAAAAUGGUGUUGUGGAGAGGAAGAAUAGAGUUCUUGUUGAGAUGGCUAGGGUGAUGCUAAAUAGCAAAAAUCUUGCUAAACAUUUUUGGGCUGAAGCUGUAAGUACAGCCUGUUACAUCUCAAACAGGGUAUUUUUGAGAUCUGGUACAAAACAAACACCUUAUGAGAUUUGGAAAGGGAAAAAGCCUAAUGUGUCAUAUUUUAGGACUAAGCAUAUAGACAUUAGGCAUCACUUUAUUAGAGAUCUUGUGGAAGACAAAAUUCUUUCUUUGGAAUUUGUUCCCUCUGUGAAACAGCUAGCAGAUAUACUCACCAAGGCCUUGGACUUUCAAAAACAUGUAGUCCAUUGGCCCUUUCUCAAUUGA